ACAAAAAUGCAAAAAUCGGAAAUGAAAAUUUUUAUGAAAUCUUUUACUAAUCUUUUAGAAAACACUUCAAAUAUGAAGAAUUUAAAAAAAAAUAAUUAUAUUUGAAGUUCCUCGUCAUCUAAUGGGCGUUUUCGUACGAAGGUUUUUUAACAAAUGGAUGAUGCAUAUUUUUUCCCAAAAAUUAAAAUUUCUGUUUAUGUAAACAAAAUUGAUUUUUUAUUUAUUGGGGUACCAAAAUAGAAUAAGAUCUUAAAGAGGACAUAAUUGACAGCACAUUUGUCAACGUAAGGUGUCACUGACAUGAACAUAUGGUUAGUACCGUUACUUUUAAAUAAGAGGCAAAAAUAAAGCAAUUACUGUCAAAAGUGAAAUUUUCAGCAGAGUGGAUCUAAAAAAGUCCAACUGGGACCACGCUAACUCUUUUUCAGCGUUCUUCAGUGAAGUGUCCUGAAUCAAAAAGGCUAAAUUUCAGCUGCACCAACUUGCACCAUUUGCGUAUAUAGUGUUAUAUUAUAUUAAAGCUAAAAUGAAAGUGCGUGAGUUGUAUAAUAUUUGGUUGUCUGUUAAAGCAGUAAACCCAACGCAUGUAAACAAAGUAAUAAUAAACAAAAUCGAAAGCAAUGGCAACAAGUUACUGAAUGAACAAGACAAAGAAAAAAUAAAAUCAACUUUAAAGAAGUUCAACAAAAAAUGGGUUAAAUGUUCCCGUAUGAAACUAAGGUUUGAAUCAUCCAAUAAUAUUUGGCUGGAUACCGACAUGCGUCUGGGCGUAAAUGAUUUCUUUGAGGAACCAAGUACUAGUGGCAGUAGAGGAAGACCACGAAAGUCCUUUGAAGAAUCGUGCAAUAGAACAAAGAGAAGGCGAGUGGAUGAGUUAGUUACAUCGAAUUCAUCAGAAUUAAUUAAAAAAGCUGCGGAAAAGCUAACUAUCCUGAGUAAUCAAAGCACCAUAUCAGUUAAAGAGGCUUUGGGCUUGUACGUUGAUAUGGAUUUGUCCUAUAGAACAUACAAUAUGAUGAGAAAUUUAGUAAAUUCAUUUCAUAAGGAUUGUUUCCCAUCGUAUAAGGCUUUAUUCAAAUCUAAACAAGAACUUAUACCACAUGAUAUCGAGGUAACAGAGAGCUCUGCAGAAAUUCCAUUGCAGUCUCUAUUAAAUCAAACCGCAAAAAGCUUGAUGGACUCCCAUAACUUGUGCCCCAAAAAAGAUAUUACAUUAGAAUGUAAAUGGGGGUUCGAUGGAAGUUCGAACCACAGCGUAUAUAAACAAAAAUUUUCGAACCCAAGAAUUAAUGAUGAGUUUAUAUUUGUGGCAUCUCUGGUACCAUUGCGAUUUUUUGAUCCUAAAACCUCCACAACAUUAUGGGAAAACGAUCGCCAUUCCUCACCCAGAUAUUGUCGACCAAUAAAAUUCAUGUUUAUGAAAGAAAACCCUGAUUUGGUGAGAGAUGUGGAACGGAAUAUUUCACUUCAAAUCGAAAGCUUGAACAGCUUUCACCAUGAAGAAAAAAACGUAAAUGUCAGUUUUUCUAUGAAGCUAACUAUGAUAGAUGGCGCUGUCUUAAAUGUUCUUACGAAUAAUAAAAGCAGUUCAAAUUGUUGUAUUUGUGGGGCGAAGCCUACCGAAAUGAACUCAACUGCAGUGUCUGAACGCGAUGUAAAUGAAGAGCAUUAUAAAUAUGGACUCUCGACGCUGCAUGCUAGAAUUAAGUUUUUUGAAUGUAUACUCCAUAUUGCGUAUAAGUUAAAAGUGAGAAAAUGGAGGGUUUCAAAAGAACAGGAGAAACAAGUAGUUUCUGAAACUAAGUCACAGAUUCAAAAAAAAAUUAAAGAACAAUUAGGAUUAAUAGUAGAUAAAGUUAAAAAUGGUUAUGGCACAACAAACGAUGGAAAUAGCGCCAGAACAUUUUUCUCAAAUAUUGAAAUUGCAUCGAAAAUAACUGGAGUUGAUAACAAUUUAAUACGAAACUUUUCAAUAAUACUGCGAACUAUUUCAAGUGGAUCAAAAAUAAAUAUAGAAAAUUUCGAUACGCUCUUGAAGGAAACAAGGGAUUUGUAUUUAAGCAAAGGAGGCAAUGGAGUCAUGCCAUAA